AUGCUGGCAGGCCCGAGUAUGACUGUGCUUAAAUUGCCCCAGAUGGAAGAGCGCAAGUCGCCCGAAGCGGCCAAAGGGAUCAGCUUCAGCGUGGCUGCGUUGCUUGCGGACUCGAGGAGGAGUCCUAGCCCCGAAGAAGAGGAUGACUCAGCGGAAGAGGAAUUGGACGUGUGCAGGGACAAGAGCCCGGAGCCGGGGUACAGCCAGCAGCAGCGGCUGGUGCUCAGCCCCGCCAGUGGCCCCAUCAGGCCCACUCCCUUCACCGCCUUCGCUGCGGCCGCCGCAGCUGCCUAUGCCGGUCUGCCGCCGCACACCGCCUCCUGGCCGGUCCACCACUUCCCAGGAGGGCCAGUCUUCCCGCCCUUCCAUGGCGGUCUCUCUUCUUCUCCAGGUAACAGAUCUCUCAAUGUUCAGUUAUAUAUACUCAUGUAUUGUGGUGGUCAUAAUUAA